GAACCGCGUUUACGCGUCUUAAUCUGAAACCAUUGAAAGUCUUUAAAGUUUCCGAUGGUUGUGUAAGUGCACUACGACCGUACAAUCCAAUUUUAUGUAACAUCCAAAAACACCUAAUCAAUAAAGGAAAUUGCAGCGUUGGAAUCGAUUGUGAAAGUCAAAGUUCUUGUGAUUCAUGACAUGGUUUGUUCACAAUGAAGCUGAUUUAGGGGGCGGUUUGUGAGCUUUUCUUCAGGCGAGCGCUUUGUCAACAAGUUUCCUCCUCCUUCUCUCUUCUGAGGAAUAUUCACGCGCUGAGGAAACUUACGCAAACUUCACUCCAGAGACUGAGUGGAAUAAUGGCUGGACGUGUGAGCAUAAGUUUGCUGAAUUCUUUGGCUAAGGGUAAUGGUAUCUUUAGGAACAAGAAAUGUUUGUGCAGAAGUGUUGUGUUGAUCACACGGUGUCACGCGAGGUCUCUGUCCAGCAGCAGCAUCAGCGCGGCUCAACCGGACCUCAGCUCGCAUCUCGCUGGAAAGACUUAUGCAGACUUAUAUGAACUGUCAGUUAGAGAUCCAGAAACUUUCUGGGGAUCCAUUGCCAAGGAAAGGCUGGCAUGGAGCAAACCUUUCGAUCAAGUGACGGAGUGCGAUCUCUCCAGCGGGAAAAUCAACUGGUUUCUUGGAGGGCAACUGAACGUCUCUGUGAACUGUUUGGAUGUACACGUGGCAAAGGAUCCAGACAGAGUGGCCUUGAUUUGGGAGAAAGAUGAACCUGGCACAGAAGAAAGGAUCACAUACAGGGAGCUUCUGGAGAUGACCUGUCGCCUUGCCAACACUUUAAAGAGUUAUGGCGUCCAGAAGGGAGAGCGGGUGGCCAUCUACAUGCCUGUGUCUCCUGUGGCAGUAGCAGCCAUGUUGGCCUGUGCCCGUAUCGGUGCCGUACACACUGUGGUGUUUGCAGGGUUCAGCUCAGAGGCUCUGGCUGGCAGAAUUCAGGAUGCCCAGUGCAAGUUUGUCAUCACAUGCAACCAAGGUGUGAGGGGCGGCCGGAUCUUCGAUUUGAAGUCCACAGUGGAUAAAGCAGUGAAGAGCUGUCCGUCUGUCCGCCAUGUGUUUGUGGCCAAGAGAACUAACAAUAGCGUGCCGAUGGGAAAACUAGACAUUUCAUUAGAUGAGGUGAUGGUGGGACAGUCUCCAGUGUGUGCUCCAGAGCCCAUGGACAGCGAGGAGAUGUUGUUCAUGCUGUAUACCUCAGGCAGUACGGGUAAACCCAAGGGCAUCGUGCACACACAGGCCGGUUACCUGCUCUACGCUUCCCUCACACAUCAGUAUGUGUUUGACUACACACCUGGAGACGUGUUUGGCUGUGUUGCUGACAUCGGUUGGAUUACGGGUCACAGUUAUGUGGUGUACGGACCCCUGUGUAACGGAGCCACAUCUGUUCUAUUUGAGAGCACACCUGUGUACCCCAAUCCAGGUCGUUACUGGGAGACAGUUCAGAGGUUAAGAAUAAAUCAGUUUUAUGGAGCUCCUACUGCCAUCAGAUUACUCCUGAAAUAUGAUGAAAACUGGGUGAAGAAAUAUGACAGGUCAUCACUGAAGACACUCGCAUCUGUUGGAGAGCCCAUUAAUCACGAGGCAUGGGAAUGGUUCCAUAAUAUGGUCGGGGAUGGACGGUGCCCUCUGGUGGACACAUGGUGGCAGACAGAAACUGGUGGUGUGUGUAUUGCUCCACUCCCAGCUGAACCGGGAGCAGAGAUCCGGCCUGCCAUGGCUAUGAGACCCUUUUUUGGCAUCCAGCCGGCACUGCUCGGGGAGAAGGGACAGAUAAUAACGGGAAAUGAUGUCAGUGGAGCUCUAUGCAUCACCCAGCCUUGGCCUGGAAUGGCCAGAACCAUAUUUGGAGACCACCAGAGAUUCGUGGAUGCAUAUUUUAAACCGUACCAAGGUCAGUAUUUUACGGGUGAUGGGGCGUACCGCACUGAAGACGGUUACUACCAGAUCACAGGACGAAUGGAUGACGUCAUUAAUAUCAGUGGGCAUCGGCUGGGCACAGCUGAGAUAGAAGAUGCACUGGAUGAACAUCCAGAUGUUCCUGAGACCGCAGUGAUCGGAAUUCCCCAUGAGAUCAAAGGAGAAGUUCCAUUUGCGUUUGUGGUUUUAAAAGAAUCUGCUACUGAGAACCAGCAUGCUGUUGUGGAAGACCUGAGACACCUAGUGGCUACAAAAAUAGCUAAAUAUGCUGUCCCAGAUCAUUUCCUGGUUGUGAAGCGACUUCCUAAAACACGCUCUGGAAAAAUCAUGAGGAGAAUAUUGCGGAAGGUCGCCAUGCAGGACACGAGCAACCUGGGGGACGUCUCCACACUGGACGACCCCUCAGUCGUUUCAGAGAUCAUUGAGGCCCAUAAACGCUACAGAAGUCAUGCAGCUAAGAAGUAGAAAAAGACUGUUGGGAUGUUGCAACAUUUAUUCUGAGGAACUAUGAAUACAAAACUAUGAUGACAGGAAAUCAUGUAAAUGUGAGUGUAUCAUGUGUUAGGAACACAGAAGGCAUAAAUUGCAGGUUAAAUGCUCUCAUAUGUGGUAAAACUUGCUCAUGAAUCCCACCUGAACUGGAUAUUAACCCCUCCCUAAGACAGUUAGGUGUCAUUUAAGGUUUGUACAACUUGGACAAACCUCUUUUAAAACAUUGAUUAUGAAGCAUUUUGCACAGUGUUCUUCCUGUAGUCAGAGACUAGGUGAGAUUUGCUUUGUAACAUCAGUAUUUUUUGCUUAAGAGAUGAUUUGUGACCCUGGACCACAAAACCAGUCUUAAGUGUCAAUUUUUCGAAAUUGAGAUUUAUACAUCAUCUGGAAGCUGAAUAAAUAACCUUUCCAUUGAUGUAUGGUUUGUUAAGAUAGGAAAUCUGGAAUCUGAGGGUGCAAAAAAAAUCAAAAUAUUGAGAAAAUCGCCUUUAAAGUUGUCCAAAUGAAGUUCUUAGCAAUGCAUAUUACUAAUAAAAAAUUAAGUUUGGAUAUAUUUACGGUAAGAAAUUGACAAAAUAGCUUCAUGGAACAUGAUCUUUACUUAAUAUCCUAAUGAUUUUUGGCAUAAAAGAAAAAUUGAUCAUUUUGACCCAUACAAUGUAUUUUUGGCUAUUCCUACAAAUAUACCCCAGCGACUUAAGACUGGUUUUGUGGUCCUGGGUCACAUUUUAUUUUUAAGGUCCUCAAUCAGUGCGUGUUCCAGUAAAUCUCACCUCUCUCAUAUUCUCCUUUUUUUCUUCUUUGAAUUCUCCUUUUAUGCCUUAAUUUCCUCAUGUCUAUGACAAGAUGAACAUGAUAUGACUGUGGUUAAUUUUUUAAUCAAUAUCACUAUCACUAUAUAAUUAUGACUUGAUGCUAUUAUAUUAUAUAUGAUUUGCAUAUUACUAAGUGGAAGUCUAAAUCUUUCCAUCUAAUUCUUAGCAUUUUCAUUUUCUAAGAAUAAAAAAAAAAAAAACUAUUUUGAACAUUAAAAAUGAUAAAUUAUAAAAUAAUUUUGUCCGGCUGUGUGUUCUAUCUAUCUAUCUAUCUAU